UCGUUCGCCCUGUUGAGGCCGGCAUGGAGCAUCCACCCAAGCCCCAGCCCGAGCCCCAGCCCGAGUCCCAGCCCGAGCCCCAGCCCGAGCCCCAGUUCGAGCCCCAGGCCUCGGCUGCCUGGCUGCGCGCCCCGGAGGUGGCGCGGCUCCGCGAGGAGCAGGAAAAGGUGGUCACUAACUGCCAGGAGAAAAUCCAGCAUUGGGAGAAAGUAGAUAAUGACUAUAAUGCUCUCCAAGAGAGACUCAGAACCUUGCCUGACAAGCUGUCUUACAACGUCAUGGUACCAUUUGGCCCUCUUGCCUUCAUGCCAGGAAAACUUGUCCAUACCAAUGAAGUCACUGUUUUGCUCGGGGACAACUGGUUUGCAAAGUGCUCAGCAAAGCAGGCUGUAGGUCUAGUUGAGCACCGGAAAGAACAUGUGAGAAAAACAAUAGCUGAUUUAAAAAAAGUGAUGAAAAAUUUUGAAUCCAGAGUUGAAUUCACAGACGAUUUGGAGAAAAUGAGUGACGCUGCAGGUGAUAUUGUUGACAUAAGAGAAGAGAUCAAAAGUGAUCUUGAGUUUAAAGGGAAACAACGAAUUGCUCAUAAACCUCAUUCCAAACCAAAAACUUCAGAUACUUUUGAGGUAGAUUUUGAAAAUGAUGUCAAACCCAAGGGUUUACUUGCUGAUGAGGAACUGUGGGCUCGACUAGAAGAGCUGGAGAGACAAGAAGAAUUGCUGGGUGAACUUGAGAGUAAGCCUGAUACUGUGACUACAAAUGGAGAAGAUACCACUUCCUCUGAGGAGGAAAAGGAACAGCGAAGCCCAGGCGGGAACACAGUGCGCCAGGUGCCAGACUCCUUCAUCCCCAGCAGAUGUCCAAAGAACAUUAGAGACUCAGGAGUCGGCGGUCAAGUCAGCGGUCAGUUGAACAGCUCAGUGAAUGGCUCACAUUCUUACCACAGCAAUGAAGAAGAUGAGGAGGAUGAGGAUGAAGACGACGAGGAUGGUGUUAAUGAAAGCAGCCCAGAUGCUUCAGGAGAUAGUUCUAUACCAACAAUAUAUUUUUCUCAUACAGUUGAACCUAAAAGGGUUCGAAUAAAUACUGGGAAAAAUACCACUUUAAAAUUCAGUGAAAAGAAAGAAGAAGCCAAACGUAAACGGAAAAGCAGUGCAGGCAGCCAUGCUGCCCAGGAGCUGCCUGCCAUCAGGAGCCCUGCUGACAUCUACAGAGUCUUUGUCGACGUUGUGAAUGGAGAAUAUGUCCCUCGGAAGUCAAUCCUGAAGUCUCGCAGCAGAGAGAACAGCGUGUGCAGUGACACCAGCGAGAGCAGCGUGGCUGAGCUGGAUGAUCGCCGGGGGGUGCUGAGGAGCAUCAGCUGUGAGGAGGUUGUCUGCAGCAAUGCUAGCGAGAGCAUUCUGGAAGAGGAACCCCAGGAAAAUCAUGAGAAGAAACCCUUGCCCUCUUCAGGGGCGCCUGAGGCUUUCUCUGGAACUGUAAUAGAAAAGGAGUUCUUACCCUUGGCACCAUACUCAGCAGUGGCGCCCCCUGUCUUACCCACCAUUCCAGAGCGAAAAGAAGUUCUGUCCGAAGUACCAGAAGAAACUGCAAGGAGGGUUUCCAGGUUCAGAGCCGCCAGACUGCAGCAGAGGAACUAGCGAAUGGGGCUUCACGUUUGAAAGCCUCGUGGUGGCUCCUAGGACACAUGCAGCAAAUGUGUCAUGUGGAGUUUGAAAUGGGCACCCUGAGUUAGCGUGGCAGCGGCUCCCUCAGCGGUGUUUAAAAAGUCAAAGUAAAUGUUUGGAUGCUUCACUGUUCUGCUGGCUGUGGUAAUUCUCUGGACACUGUCUAAAUUGGCCUUAGGAUGCAGUGGUAGCAUUUCAAAUCAUUUUUCAAAGAAUACUAUUCAUCUACAUUGUUUUCGUGAUUCAAACUAAAUACAGGCAGUUUUGUAUCAGCUGUGAUGCCGUGUUUACCAUAUGGACCAUGUUAAACUUUUAAAAAUUUCAAAUAGAUUUCAAUAAUUACAUGCUUUCACAUUUUAAAGGCACUUUAAAAAAAAAAUCUAUGACUCUUGUAGGUUUCACAGCUAGGUGGCUACUUGAAAAACUUUUCCUUUGAAUGUCCCACUAUAAUCUUUAAGCAGGACAUGAGCCCUGUGGAAAAAUUUGACUGGAAAAAUAAUAUUUUUUGCAACUUUUUUUCAACUAAAACUUUUGUGAAACUUGGUUUAUAAAUGUUGUGAAUGUCCUGAGUUAGAACUUUGAUUUGUGUCUCUUCUACAUAACUGCAGAUCCACGAGUCCUUGUGAUUCCACAGGGCCCCUCUUCUCCCCCCUUCUGUACGGUGUUCACUGGGAUUACCUGUGGGAGAGGAAAGUUUGUCUAGAUGCUUAAAAAAUAGAUUUUUAAAAUAAAGAUUUUUAAAAAAUGUU